CAGAAAUAUCACGAUUUCCAAAAAAAUAUCUAAUCCAUUUCAGACUCUUCCUUCCUCCAGUGAACUGCCGAUUGGCAGCGGCAACUUUCUCCUCUCUAAAACCUCCAUAGAGAAUUUGCAGUUUCACUAUUCCUCAUGGCCAUCUUUAUCUCUCCAUCGAUCCACCACUUAAUGCCGCCGAUGGCUUCUUCUCCAUCUCUUGCGCAUCCUAAUGAUCAUAGCAACCACAUCUUAAGAAUUUUGAUCGGAAGGAGGCAGAGGUGGACGGCGAUUAGAUGCAGCGGAAGAGAAAGAGCGAACGAGACGGACUAUUACGAGCUGCUUGGAGUUUCUGCAGAUUCAAAUGUUCAAGAAAUCAAAGAAGCCUACAGGAAGUUGCAGAAGAAAUUUCAUCCAGAUAUUGCAGGCCAAGAGGGCCACGAGUAUACGCUGAGGUUGAACGAGGCGUAUCGGGUUCUGAUGAGAGACGAUAAAAGGAAGGAAUAUGACACUUCAAUGGGUGCAAUGAGGGUGAGAUUUGGGAGUUAUGGCUCUGGAUUAGGUUACAGUUCGUGGAACGGACCUCUGAGACCUCAGGCUUUGUUUGUUGACGGGAAUGCAUGCAUAGGAUGCAGGGAAUGCGUACACAAUGCAAGUAAUACAUUCACCAUGGAUGAGACUCUUGGCCGUGCACGAGUAAAGGUUCAGUAUGGAGACAAUGAUCAGAAAAUUCAGGUUUCAGUGGAAUCGUGUCCUGUGAAUUGCAUAUAUUGGGUAGAAAAGGAGGAACUGGAAGUGUUGGAGUAUUUGAUGCAGCCACUGCCUAAGGAAGGAUAUGGAGUGUUCGGAGGCGGCUGGGAAAUUCCAGCCAAUGUCUUUAUGGCGGCCAAGGCCUUCACCAUGCAGCUGAAACGCCAGAAGCAGGACACAAGUUAUGGAGCAGAAACUGUGGAAGAAACUCCAGCUCAAGCUGAGGCUCGAGCGAAUGCCACCAUGAAAAUACAGAGGGAGAAGUUCUAUGGAGUUUGGAAUUGGGUAAAACGAGUUUUUGGUGAUAGAUAAAUCUCAAAGCGUGGAAAAAUGUUCUCAAACCCAUUUUUGAGAACCAUCUUAUUGUGCAUAUUAUAGUCAUUAUGUGAAAAUACAAUAGAGAAACAACCAAAAAGGUCAAGUUUUACAAAGCAUUGAUACCGAACAAAAUAGGUAGAUUGUCGAGCCUUCAGUAGUCAAGUCAUAAAUAUGUCGAAAUCAUUUUUAUCC